UGACAUCAUCAAGGAGAUGUCGAACUGGAGGAUUCUGGGAUUUGGAGUUGUCUACGUUUGUUACAAUUAGCAGAUGGAAGUUGAUUAGCUUAUUUCAGAUGUCUGUCCCCUGAUAAAUUACAGGACAAUUGUUGCAAUGUUUUACUAAUGUCUCUCUUCUGGAAGAAAUUCAUGAAGAAUAUGAAUUGAAUAGCCUUACAUUUUCAUAUCAAAUAGGCUAAAUGACAUAGUCCUAUUUUUUGACCUAUUCGAAAUGAAAUAUUGAAUAUCCCACUCAUCAUGCAUGUACGUUGAGAUCCUUGUGUGUGGUGAAUGAGCUAUGGUGAAUCCGUGUGUUCUCAGCGAUGAUGCAUAUACAACCUGUAUUCUAGAGGUACAUCGGCAUCGUGGUUGGCUGGCAGUCAAAGGGAGUGACCAACCCGGGAUUUCCAGUAGGAAAAAAAACGCAGAAACGUCAGAGCCACACACCAACACCGCAGCAAGACACGGAAUACCCCUCUUCUCCUCUCUCUUCUUCUCUCAGCAUAAGUCAGUACAGGGGUCCAUAUUCUCCAAGAAGCCGCACUAACGGAGAAUGUGGACAUCACCCUGUUCUGGAAUCUCCACUGCAUUCGAUCUUCUUCUCGUUCGGUUUUCCACCUUCUAAAACAAGAUAAUCAUCUUAUCUUGAGCCUAAAUCUCAACUAUGGACAAGCACCCAGGCUCCAACACGAUCAACCCCGCAUCCUACCAUGGGAAUCCGGCCGCACGGCGUUCGGACCGAGGAGUUGGCGGUCCGUGUCCGCACAGCCUGGGCUCAGAGGCAGGCACCGGUGGUGGGGUGUCCGGAGGCAGCGCGUCUACUCCGCAUCAAACCCACAAGCGGCGCCUGGAGGGGGUCCUCAAUAAAUACACCAACCUGCUACAGGGAUGGCAGAACAGGUAUUUCGUGUUGGAUCCGGACAUGGGUCAGCUGCAGUACUUUGUGAACGAGCACAGUAAGAGUCAGAAGCCUCGGGGAUCUCUGCCUCUCAUAGGGGCCUCUGUGGCCCUCAGCGAUGAACUACCACACAUGUUCACGGUCCACUCUGCCACUGGAGAGGCCUACAAACUCAGAGCUUCGGACGCUGGGGAACAGCAGCUGUGGAUGAGUCAGAUGCAGCUCUGUGCCCGGCGCCACUCUGACUCCAGUGCCAAGGGCCGGACACUCAGCUUCUCCGUGCUCCCUCCUCCACUCAGCCACCGCCACCCUGCCCCGCCCGUCGCCUCCUCCUUCACCUCCUCCUCACCUGGUACCCAGAGAAAACCUCUCUACCCUGGGGUUGGAGGGGUCGUCACCAUCACCCAUCACAGAUCCCCUGCUACGGCCCGCCGGGCCAGGACCCAGAACAACCAGAACUACCACCCUGCUCCAGGGAGGCUGAGCCAGGUCAAAGAGGUGAUGACCCAGGCGGAGGGCCAACAGAAGAACCUGGUUAACUCCAUAGAGUCCCUGCCCUCCCGUGGUCCUCUGUCCUCCUUAGACCAGGACCUUCUCCUCCUCAAGGCCACGUCAGCAGCUACCCUCUCCUGUCUGGGGGAGUGUCUCCACAUGCUGCAACACAAUGUCAGCCAGGCCGCGCAGCAUGUCACCCUGGGUCGCUCAGACAGCCAGGACCGGAGUCAGAGUCCCAUCCACAAACAGACGUCCAGCCAGAGUAACAGCAACAUCUCCAGUCAGACUCACAACCACAACCACAACCAGUUCAAGAAGCAGAUGAGCCUGGAUCCCAACCAUGUUCCCACCGCACCAUCAGACAGCUUCGCAGGAUGGUCUAGAUCUCCCUCAGAGAAGCAGGUGACCAGUAGAGGAGGGACACCUCUUCCACAUGUUCCCCCUCCAGCACACAUCAACAAGGAGGUGGUCAGCAACUCUGUGCCCCAGCAGGCCCCUCCCACCCCAGAGUCUAUAGACCCCAGUGAGGAGAUGACAGACACAGAGGACAACGAGGAAGAGGACCUGGGAGUCAGAGAGGACCAACGGAACAUUAUCCUUCACCUGCUGUCGCAGCUCAAACUGGGCAUGGACCUCACACGGGUGGUACUCCCUACCUUUAUCCUGGAGAAGCGUUCCCUCCUAGAGAUGUACGCUAACUUCAUGGCUCACCCAGACAUGUUCCUGAACAUUACCACGGGAACCACCCCAGAGGAGCGCAUCGUCCGAUUCGUGGAAUACUACCUGACCGCCUUUCACGAGGGGCGCAAGGGUGCCGUGGCCAAGAAACCCUACAACCCCAUCCUGGGAGAGAGUUUCAGGUGUUCCUGGGACGUCCCUCGAGAGAGAGUCCACUCACUGAGGACCAUGAGCUCUGUCCCUAACACUAACACGACACCUACUUCAAACCCCCCCCCUAACCCCGCCUCUUCCUCUAGAGGCUCUUCCCCUAAACCCGCCUCUUCCUCUAGAGUCUCUUCCCCUAACCCCGCCUCUUCCUCUAACCCCGCCUCUUCCUCUAGAGGCUCUUCCCCUAACCCCGCCUCUUCCUCUAGAGGCUCUUCCCCUAAACCCGCCUGUUCCUCUAGAGGCUCUUCCCCUAACCCCGCCUCUUCCUCUAGAGCCUCCCGCCGGACAGGGACGGAGGGCGGGGGUGCUCAGACAGAGGACUGUUACCGGGUAAGGUUUGUGGCGGAGCAGGUGUCACACCACCCACCCGUCACUGGGUUCUACUGCGAGUGUAAAGAGAGGAACAUGUGCGUCAACACCCACGUCUGGACCCGAAGCAAGUUCAUGGGCAUGUCCAUCGGAGUGUCUAUGGUCGGGGAAGGUGUUCUACGUCUGUUGGAGCAUGAUGAGGAGUAUGUGUUCACUCUGCCCUGCGCCUACGCCCGCUCCAUUCUUACCGUACCCUGGGUGGAGCUGGGAGGGAAAGUCACCAUCAGUUGUGCCAAGAGUGGAUACUCUGCCACCGUUACCUUCCAUACUAAACCCUUCUAUGGAGGAAAGAUACACAGAGUGACAGCGGAGGUGAAGCACAACUCGACGGGGACCAUAGUGUGUAAGGCCCAAGGGGAAUGGAACGGUACCCUAGAGUUCACCUACAGCAGUGGAGAGACCAAGGUCAUCAACACCUCCAAGCUGCCUGUCAUCAGGAAGAAGAUACGCCCCCUGGAGAAACAGGGACACUACGAAUCACGGCGUCUGUGGCAGCAUGUUACCUCAGCUCUGAGAUCAGGAAACAUUGACUCUGCUACAGAGCACAAACACUGUCUGGAGGAGAGGCAGAGAGCAGAGGGCCGACAGAGAGCUGCCUCCAACACACCCUGGACACCCAAGUACUUCAUCAAGGAGGGCGAGGGCUGGGUGUAUCACAACCCCUUGUGGAAGACCCACUGACGAGGGGAGGGGCCUCGGGGGGGAAGGGGCAACGUGCCAGCUGCCAAUCACAGCACAGCGAGCGGCCCGCUGGUGGUCAUGGCAACACACAGGGG